CGUUAUGGCCUUUUAAAGCUAACGCAACCUACCAGCAAAAACAGCUAAAUUUAACUUUGGUCCGCGGUCUGGUGUGGUUGUACUCCACAUGUCUCACAAACAGAAGCGGGUGUGGAGAUACGUGGAGGAGGGCCGGCUGCUGAAGCUGAAGACGUACCUGCGGAAGCACCGGGACCUGGACGUGAACUUCUCCCAGGGCAGGAGGGAGAGGAGCCCGCUGCACCUGGCCUGCUGCCUGGGAGACGACGCUGCGCUGCGGCUGCUGCUCGAACACGGAGCCGAUGUUCUCCGGAGGGACCGUAAAGGAGACACAGCGCUACACACCGCAGCCAACAGGGCUCUGAAACACGGUAAAACAGCGUAUGACGACCUGGUUGUUCCUCUCACGAAAAGCUGUCCAGAGGCAGUGAAUGCUGCCAACAGCGCCGGAGUCACUCCUGAAGACCUGCUGAAGUGGAUGAAGCACACAGAGACUGCAGGAAACAUGAGCCGUCCAUCUGAAGCGGACCCUGAGAAGGAGUGGCUGGAGAAGCUGUUUGGUGAAUGCGAGGAUGAAUUCUGUGAAACCUUCGGAGUAUAUGAUGCGGAUGAUUUUCUUCCUGUUGACGACGACGACGAAGACUUCGGGGACUGGGCUGAUCGUAUUCGAAGAGAGUAUUUCAACAAAAAGCACGCUGAAGCUCAGAGACUGGCAGCGGCGUCUUCCGGACGGAAAAGAGGGAAGAGCAAACAAGAGAGAGAGCAGGAAGCGCAAAGCAACAAGGAGCUGCAUGAGAGGCUGCAGAGGGAACAUGAAGAGUAUUUGGCUCGAGCAGCACGUAAAGAGGAAGAGACUCGGCAGGGGAGGAAGCGCAGGUACGAGGAGGGGUGUGCGGCUACUUUUUAUGGUGGCUCCUCAGCUGGCGGCACAAAGCUGAGCUACAGCGACAUCCCCUGGCCAGCUCCACGAGGCGCCGUGCAGGAGAUGGUGGAUGUGAUGCUGCACGGUGUGGACCGAAAGGACCUGCCGACGUUUCGCAAAGUUCUCCGGAAACAGCAGGCGCUGUGGCAUCCCGAUAAGUUUGCUCAGCGAUGUGAAGCUCGAUUAGAAGAGAAGGACAAGCAGCGGAUCCUGGACACGGUCACAGCUCUGUCACAGGAGCUCAACAGACUGGCCCAGAGUCUGAAGACUUAAGAUUUAGCAAAACGUAUCAGAUAUUGUGUGAUUUCCUGGAAAUGCGUGGAUGUAAAACCUCUGUAAACAAAGCAUAGAAAAAAAUAUUGAAUUAGUUCAUGCAAAAGAAACAGUCCAGCACACUGUCAGUCACUUUUAGUCAUUUUAUUAACAGUGUUACAACCCCCAGACCAUCAUCAGGUGAAAGUUGUCCAUACUAACAGCAACAGUGCCGUAUAUGUAAAUGUGAACAUAUCCCAAUGGAAAAAAGCACGAAUGAGAGGGCACCAGCAGCACUUCUUUGCAUGCAUUCAAAUCACGAUGAAUGAGCUGUGCUGAAAACAAUUCAGGCGUCAGUCUUGUCUUUUCUGAGAAAUACAGUUGCGUGAGAAAGUUUGGCCACCCCUGGUCCAAAUUGAUGUUAUCGCGAAUAGUUAAUUGAGUAGGAGAUGGACAGAUCUCCAAAACAUAUAAAGUUAAAGAUGAGACACUCUCUUCAACAUUCUACGCAAAAUUAGUGCAUUGUAUUUGUUUUGUACAAUUUUAGCAACAUACGAAAAAAAGCUGUCUGGUAACUUUUACCAAGGUCUCUGACCAUAAUCAGCUCUCUCGUGCCACCUGAUGCAAAUUUCAAAGCUUUGUAAUAUAUACUCUGACUCACUCCUGCUUAAAAUGAAAGAAAUGUGUCAUCUUUAACUUCAUGCUGUGAAAUCAGCUGCUGAAACGUCAGGAUAUUUGGCAUUUUUGUUUGAAAAAUGACUGAAUUCUCAACUAUCAAAAUACUUAUUUUUUUCUGUCAAUCAACCAAUUGUUUCUAUUUUUUGGCGUCCCAGAGUAUUUUGAUAGAAUCACAUAUUGUGAUCCCUGUGACAAUAGAAACUGAGGGACAGUACUGUUUAGAGGUUUGUAUGUGUGGGCCAGUAACCACUAGGCCGAUCUUAUCUGCUGAUUUGAACUUAUCACAGAUAUUAGUAUCAGCUUAUAUUUCAUCCAUUAAGAAACUGCAGUGCAGAAAAAACCUUUUUUUUUUUUUUGUCAUUCUGGUUCCAUUUUUGCAGAGUUAACCGUGUUAGGGUACUCCUUGUGUUCCAAUAAACAUUCAAUAAAGGUCAUAACAAAUGCUCUGUUCACAGUCACACAUCUGGAGUACAGUCCCAGUAGUGGCAUUGCACAGAUCUGUCCUGCCAGUCUGGGAAUUGAACCAGCAACCCCUUCUGGUUGCAGCCCUUAGACUACCUGACCCUUGAAGUAGACCACUCCCCUGCUCCUGAUGUAAGUUGCUUGAUUCAAAAGCAUCAGCCAAAAGAGAGCAUUGUUAAUUUAUUGUGAAUAAUUGCAUCUGACCUCAAUGUGAUCUGAUAUACAUUUUCCUGAAAUGUGAGUUUGUACCUGCAGGGUUUGAACAGUGUAGCUGGUCCCCACUGAGCGGGUUGGGUGCUCGACUGAACACUGAGAAUAAAUGUUCUUCUGUUAAAUGUUUGAUCUUAAAAGAAUAAAAGUAACAACAGGCAGGUUUCUGCAAGCCUGAGUAACAUUUGUGUUGAGUCAUGUGGGCCAUCUAAAGGUAUUUUCACUGGCACAGCCUGCGGUCAGCGAUGCUCGUACAUAC